UCUCUCUCUCUCUCUCUCUCUCUACGAUACAUACAAUAUAAUCCAUCAUCAUAUACAUACAAAGUUACAAACAUGGCAGUCUCCAAGCUUUGUUUCUCAGUUGUCAUCACCUUCAUCUAUGUAACAUUUGCAUCAGCAGGCAGUGGUAGCUACAAUGUCCAGAGCUAUGGAGCGAAACCCGACGGCAAGACUGACUCCACCAAGGCGUUUGUGGCCGCAUGGGCGGCUGCGUGUGCCUCCACCGUUCCGGCCACCAUUUACGUGCCGGCAGGAAGGUUCUUGGUUGGGAGUUUGAGUUUUGGGGGGCAAACAUGCAAGAGCAACGCCAUUUCGUUUCAAAUAGAUGGCACGCUCGUGGCUCCAUCUGAUUACAAUAAUGUGGUUGGAAAGAGUGGGAAUUGGAUCAAAUUUGAAAAGGUCACCGGAGUUUCCAUUUCCGGCGGAACCCUAGACGGCCAAGGCGCCGCUCUUUGGGCGUGCAAAAACUCCGAAAAGAAUUGCCCUCAAGGGGCUACGACACUGGCUUUUUACAACUCAAACAACAUUGUUAUUAGCGGACUAAGUUCCCAAAACAGCCAAAUGUUUCACAUCCUCAUUUACGGCUGCCACAACGCCAAGUUACAAGGAGUGAAGAUCUCGGCUCCCGGAGACAGUCCCAACACCGACGGAAUCCACAUUCAAUCCUCGUCAGGUGUAACAAUCUUGAAUUCUCACAUAGGCACUGGUGACGACUGUAUCUCCAUCGGCCCCGGCAACUCUAACUUGUGGAUCGAAAACAUUGCCUGCGGCCCCGGCCACGGAAUCAGCAUUGGGAGUUUAGGUUGGGAAACAGAAGAGGCUGGAGUGCAAAACGUGACAGUUAAAACCGCUACUUUUACCGGCACUCAAAAUGGGUUGAGGAUCAAAACAUGGGCAAGACCCAGCAAUGGGUUUGUGAGAAACAUUGUUUACCAACACGCAGUCAUGUCGGACGUACAAAACCCCAUCAUCAUCGACCAAAAUUACUGCCCUGACGGCAAAAACUGUCCUCACCAGAGCUCGGGCGUGAAGAUCAGCGGCGUAACGUACGAAGACGUACAUGGUACAUCGGCGACGGAAGUGGCGGUGAAAUUCGAGUGUAGUAAGACAGAACCGUGCAGCGAAAUAGCGGUGGACUAUGUAAACCUCACAUACAAAGAUGAGAAGGCUGAAGCGUCCUGCGUUAACGCCGGUGGGACCAGUUCCGGUUUGGUUCAGCCUGUAAUUAGCUGCUUCUAGGCCGCCGCCGCCCUUAUUAUUUUUGGAUUCAUAGUUAAUACUGUAGUUUAUCACUAGAGAUUAGCUUAUACGUUUAUAACUACACUAAAACAAUAUUAUUAUUAUUAUUUUUAUUAGGUUUGUUUGUAUUAGAAUAAUGGAAUUAUAUAUAAUCAAU